GUUCUAUGCCUUCUCCCGAGUAUUCGUAGAAGCUUGUUAUCGAUUUUUCCAAGUGCCACAGACCCCGCCCAUAUUUCCAACUAUGCCACUCAAAGCCUCUUCAAGCAAGGCCUCGAUGCCAAAGAAAGAAAUGGACGCCGCUGUCAAGGAGGAGCUCGACGAGGACAAAAAAGAGAUUCUUGCUACUGCUGCGAGCACGGAGAAGAUGCCGCUGCAGAAAUGGUUGGGCGAGUUUACCAGUCGAGGGGUGAAUAUGCGGGUCGCCAUGGCAUUAGCAUCGAAGCUAUACCCGACGAAUCCUUCACAGGCAGAUAUCGUCAAGCUGACGGGACCCAAGCUGCAAGCCGCGGGUAUAGUCGACAAGGAACACAAAAAGAGCGUGAUGAGUGCCGUGCGAAGCAUCAAAGUGGCCACCGGCUCGGUCCAUGGGAAGAUCCAGCAGGACGCAAAGGAUUCGAAGAAGCGGAAACGAGCUCUGGACGGGGAGAAUCCUCUUCUGCCGAACGACCCGUCUUCGAGUAAAGGGAAAGAACGAGCGUCGGAUUAUGACUUCAAGGAGAAUCACGAUAUCGAGCUCAUCAGAUCAAAGACGGUCAAGACGAAUCGUGCCCCUUGCAUGACGGCCUGGGCAUACAUCAUUCUCGAAAAGAUGGGUUUCGACCGGAUAGAAGCCCUUUCGCUCGCCUCUGUCUUCACUUCGAUCACCUCGACUCAACACGCCCUCAACCUCGGCAACGUCUACGACGAAGCGCAGACACGGGAUGCCAAGCUCGAACUCGCCCAGCUGCCCGGUCAAGGUCGGGAUGCAAAGCGUAGAAAAGUGAAUGGGGAAGAGGAGGAAGAGGAGGCUGGUGGGAACGCUCAGCCCUGGGUAGGGGUUAUGCGCAGGAGAUUGCCGGUCAUCCAAUUGAAUGAUGGAACUUGGAGGGGGUUGACAAAAGGAAUGGCAGUUGAGCCAAGCAAGGCAUAUUCAUAUAUCACGCGGAACUUUGGCGAGACGACGCCCUAUGUCAUCGGCGCCCUGAGGAUGCUGGCUCAGUGCUAUACUUUGGAAGAGCUGCAAGUACGCGGGUACGGCAUGUAUGUCUCGUUUCGACCAGAAGUCCAAGGUUGGGGUGACAAGGCGAUUCUAUACUGCUCCAACAUUAUCGACAUGAUCCCACCGGAGAACGAAGUCGAUUUGACCUUGCAUGGCACCAUCGUACCUCAACCUUCGGAGAGCAAAGACCAGCUGGUCCACGUGAAAGAGGAGGACGUCGACGAGGAAGCAUUGGCGCAGGUCAAGAAGGAGGUGGAAAACGACGUUGUCGAGAUGAAGGGCGAGGAAGGAGGGUUCGAAAAGUCCAGGGAGGAUGUGUUCGAAGGGUUUUGGGAAGCAGAGUACGAUGACGACUUUUGAUGUAGACCUUGUCCUUCCUGACUGGAGAAGCAGCAACGCAACGGCAGGAUCCAAGGAUAUAACAUUGCGUGGAGGAACCCAACAUAUACUUGAUUUACCAGCAAUCAGAUGAGCUGCCUGGCUGCGUCCGAUUGACUACUGGUCGCUCCAGACACUGUCGUUCCUCGAAAAUGGUACUCGAUGCAGAUGUAGAAUGACGCGCAGUUACAGUAUAUAUCGAUUGAGAUCCUUGUCUCACAGUAUGAUAGCGCAUAAUGAAACCACUGCUCUCAAAGUAUGCUGUCCUUGUUGUAACUUGGCCACAUAAAUCCCCC